AGAGCAGGUUUCAAGUACAGUGCCGAGAGUAGGAGCUGAAGAAGACGCGUAAACGAGCAACAGGUGGCAGGUAGUAGUCUCCGCCAGUUGAUCCAGUCUUUCCUCGUUUCAACCAGGAUGAAGCUCUCGGUUGCUUUAGCCGUUCUGUGUGUGGCUGUGAUGGCUGUAAUGAUUUACCAGACCCUACGCCAGGAGUUGAACCUGCGUAAUUUGAAAACCCGCACGAUGCAGAACUCGGCGGAGGUCAAGAGGAAAGAGGAAGCCAUCGUCCAAGUAAAAAACGCACUCAACGAGAUGAAGGCAAAGCUGGCGUCCGUCAACACCAAGAUCGGUGAGCUGAAGAAGACGAGAGUAGCCACCGAAAAAUCAACACAAGAGCUUGAUACAAGUCUACAGACCUGUAACACAGAGAAGGUGGCUGCUGAGAAGAAGAAUGCAGAAAAGGCAGAGGCCUUAGCCAAGCUCACAGCUGAUCAUGAAAAUGCUAAAAAGACGGCUGGGGAGGAAAUUCAGAGCUUGAAACAACAGAUUUUGGAUAGAGAUAAAGCUAUUUGUGCCUUUGCAGAUACAACCAAGGAGGAAGCAAGGAAGCUGUGUGGAAUCCCAGAAGCUCAACAAUAAAGUCAACUCAGAAGAACUCAACAUUGACUGUGAGCUUUUUAUAAAAAGAAGCAUGCCAUGCAUACCACUAUACUUUUUAUAAUAUUACUAAUGUGGUUACAUCUCUGCUUGUUAUGAGAAAGUAUACACUAUGUAAAGGUCAGUACAUGCAUUCAACAAAUGGCACAUACAUAGGUACUGGAGACUUUGACUGAUACUUGUGUUGACAGCUUUUACAAAUAAAUGACAAUACAUUGUGUAGUACCUGAA